GCAUACUUCCGACAGGGUGUUGCCCUCCAGUACCUUGGACGUCAUGCCGAUGCCCUGGCAGCCUUUGCAUCUGGACUGGCUCAAGACCCCAAGAGUCUCCAGCUUCUGGUGGGGAUGGUGGAAGCCGCCAUGAAAUCUCCCAUGAGAGACUCCCUCGAGCCCACUUAUCAGCAGCUUCAGAAAAUGAAACUGGACAAGAGUCCCUUUGUGGUCGUGUCUGUGGUUGGUCAGGAACUCCUGACAGCUGGCCAUCAUGGGGCCUCUGUGGUUGUCUUAGAAGCCGCACUGAAGAUUGGCACGUGCAGCCUCAAACUGAGAGGUUCUGUUUUCUCUGCCCUGAGCAGUGCUUACUGGUCUCUUGGAAAUACAGAGAAGAGCACUGGAUAUAUGCAGCAGGACUUGGAUGUAGCCAAGACCUUAGGUGACCAGACAGGAGAAUGCCGAGCUCAUGGGAAUCUGGGCUCUGCAUUCUUCUCCAAAGGAAAUUACCGGGAGGCUCUCACUAACCACAGGCAUCAGUUGGUACUCGCCAUGAAACUCAAAGAUCGAGAGGCAGCUUCAUCAGCCUUGAGCAGUCUGGGCCAUGUGUACACAGCCAUUGGAGACUACCCCAAUGCACUGGCCAGUCACAAGCAGUGUGUUCUUCUUGCCAAGCAAUCCAAAGAUGAACUUUCUGAAGCCCGAGAACUUGGCAACAUGGGAGCUGUGUACAUUGCCAUGGGUGACUUUGAGAAUGCUGUGCAGUGCCAUGAGCAGCAUCUGAAGAUAGCCAAGGACCUGGGGAACAAGCGAGAAGAGGCCCGGGCUUACAGCAACCUGGGCAGUGCCUAUCACUACCGGAGGAACUUUGACAAGGCCAUGUCUUACCACAACUAUGUCCUGGAGCUGGCACAGGAGUUGAUGGAGAAGGCCAUUGAGAUGCGAGCCUAUGCUGGACUAGGCCAUGCUGCCAGGUGCAUGCAGGAUUUGGAGAGGGCUAAACAGUACCAUGAGCAGCAGCUGGGCAUUGCUGAGGAUCUCAAGGACCGGGCUGCAGAAGGGCGAGCAUCCUCCAAUCUAGGAAUCAUACACCAGAUGAAAGGCGAUUAUGACACUGCACUGAAACUCCACAAGGCCCAUCUGUGCAUUGCUCAGGAGCUGAGUGAUUAUGCUGCCCAGGGCCGUGCCUAUGGGAAUAUGGGCAACGCCUACAACGCUCUUGGCAUGUACGACCAGGCGGUCAAAUACCAUCGGCAGGAGCUGCAGAUCUCCAUGGAAGUGAACGACCGCGCCUCUCAGGCCUCCACGCAUGGGAACCUUGCCGUGGCCUACCAGGCUCUGGGUGCCCAUGACCGAGCCCUGCAACACUAUCAGAACCACUUGAACAUCGCCCGGGAGCUACGAGACAUCCAAAGCGAGGCCCGGGCCCUCAGCAACCUGGGUAAUUUCCACUGCUCUCGGGGAGAGUAUGUCCAGGCUGCCCCCUAUUAUGAACAGUAUCUCCGGCUUGCUCCUGACCUUCAAGACAUGGAAGGAGAAGGGAAGGUCUGCCACAACCUUGGCUAUGCCCAUUACUGCCUUGGAAAUUACCAGGAGGCAGUGAAGUACUACGAGCAGGAUCUGGCACUGGCCAAAGACCUUCAUGACAAGUUGAGCCAAGCAAAAGCCUACUGCAACUUGGGCCUAGCAUUCAAGGCUCUGCUGAAUUUCAGUAAAGCUGAAGAGUGUCAGAAGUACCUACUGUCCCUAGCCCAGUCUCUGAAUAAUUCCCAGGCUAAAUUUCGAGCCCUAGGGAACCUGGGCGAUAUAUUCAUCUGUAAAAAAGAUAUAAGUGGUGCAAUAAAAUUCUAUGAGCAGCAGCUGGGCUUAGCUCACCAGGUGAAGGAUAGAAGACUAGAGGCCAGUGCAUAUGCAGCCCUGGGCACUGCAUACCGAAUGAUCCAGAAGUAUGACAAGGCCCUGGGUUAUCACACACAGGAACUGGAGGUAUAUCAGGAGCUGAGUGACUUGCCAGGGGAGUGCAGAGCUCAUGGGCACCUGGCUGCCGUCUACAUGGCCCUUGGGAAAUAUACAAUGGCAUUCAAGUGUUACGAAGAGCAACUGGAUCUAGGGCAAAAGCUGAAGGAUCCGAGUCUGGAAGCCCAGGUCUAUGGCAACAUGGGCAUCACAAAGAUGAACAUGAAUGUGAUGGAAGAAGCCAUUGGCUACUUUGAGCAGCAAUUGGCCAUGCUGCAGCAGCUAAGUGGAAAUGAGUCUGUGCUCGACAGGGGCCGGGCCUACGGCAACCUGGGGGAUUGCUACGAAGCCCUGGGUGACUAUGAGGAAGCUAUCAAAUACUACGAACAAUAUUUAUCUGUUGCCCAGAGUCUGAAUCGCAUGCAAGACCAAGCCAAGGCUUACCGCGGCCUGGGAAAUGGACACAGGGCAAUGGGGAACUUGCAGCAAGCCCUUGUGUGCUUUGAAAAGAGGCUCGUGGUUGCCCAUGAGCUCGGGGAGGCCUUCAAUAAAGCCCAGGCCUAUGGAGAGCUGGGAAGUCUGCACAGCCAAUUAGGGAAUUACGAACAAGCCAUUUCCUGCCUUGAACGCCAGCUGAACAUUGCUAGAGAUAUGAAAGACCGAGCCCUGGAGAGUGACGCAGCCUGUGGCCUGGGGGGCGUUUACCAGCAGAUGGGGGAGUAUGACACAGCCCUGCAGUACCACCAGCUUGAUCUACAGAUAGCAGAGGAAACCAACAACCCCACAUGCCAGGGCCGAGCCUAUGGGAACCUGGGCCUGACUUAUGAAUCCCUGGGCACCUUCGAGAGGGCUGUGGUCUAUCAAGAACAGCACUUGAGCAUUGCUGCACAGAUGAAUGACUUGGUGGCCAAGACGGUGUCAUAUAGUAGCCUUGGAAGGACCCAUCAUGCCUUGCAGAACUAUUCCCAAGCAGUCAUGUACUUACAGGAAGGUUUAAGGUUAGCUGAGCAACUGGGCCGAAGAGAAGAUGAGGCAAAAAUUCGCCAUGGCCUUGGCCUCUCCCUUUGGGCUAGUGGAAACUUGGAGGAGGCCCAACACCAGCUUUAUAGGGCAUCAGCCUUGUUUGAAACGAUCCGACACGAGGCACAGCUGAGCACGGACUACAAACUCUCCCUCUUUGACCUACAGACAUCAUCCUACCAGGCCUUGCAGCGGGUGCUUGUCAGCCUAGGCCAUCAUGAUGAAGCCCUGGCCGUGGCGGAAAGGGGACGGACAAGGGCAUUUGCUGAUCUUCUGGUGGAACGACAAACAGGACAACAGGACUCCGACCCCUACUCCCCAGUCACUAUUGAUCAGAUCUUAGAGAUGGUUAAUGGCCAGAGGGGACUGGUGCUUUACUAUUCCCUGGCCGCAGGCUAUCUGUAUAGCUGGCUGCUUGCUCCUGGGGCAGGAAUUCUGAAGUUUCAUGAACACUACCUGGGUGAGAACACAGUGGAAAACUCAAGUGACUUCCAGGCCAGCAGCAGUGCAACCCUUCCAACAGCAACCGGCUCAGCCCUGGAGCAGCACAUUGCCAGUGUCCGGGAGGCCCUGGGGGUGGAGUCUCACUACUCAAGGGCCUGUGCCAGCAGUGAGACGGAGAGUGAAGCAGGAGACAUCAUGGACCAGCAAUUUGAAGAGAUGAACAACAAACUCAACUCAGUCACUGACCCCACUGGCUUCCUGCGGAUGGUUCGCCGAAAUAACCUCUUUAACAGGAGCUGCCAGAGCAUGACAAGCCUGUUCAGUAACACUGUGUCACCGACCCAGGACGGGACCUCCUCUCUUCCCAGGAGGCAGAGCUCGUUCGCCAAGCCCCCGCUCCGUGCCCUGUAUGACCUGCUCAUCGCGCCCAUGGAAGGGGGCCUGAUGCACUCCAGCGGCCCGGUAGGUCGGCACCGGCAGCUCAUCCUGGUUCUGGAGGGGGAGCUCUACCUCAUUCCUUUCGCCCUCCUGAAGGGAAGCUCCUCCAACGAGUACCUCUACGAGCGCUUCGGCCUCCUCGCCGUCCCUUCCAUCCGCUCCCUUAGCAUGCAGUCCAAGUCUCACUUACGGAAGAACCCGCCCACAUACUCCAGCUCCACAUCCAUGGCGGCUGUCAUCGGCAAUCCCAAGCUCCCAUCGGCCGUGAUGGACAGGUGGCUGUGGGGGCCCAUGCCAUCAGCCGAGGAAGAGGCCUACAUGGUGUCUGAGCUGCUGGGCUGCCAGCCCCUAGUGGGCAGUGUGGCCACCAAGGAGAGAGUCAUGAGCGCCCUGACCCAGGCUGAGUGUGUCCACUUUGCCACCCACAUCUCCUGGAAGCUGUCGGCCUUGGUCCUCACGCCCAGCAUGGACGGCAACCCUGCCAGCAGCAAGAGCUCCUUCGGCCACCCCUACACGAUCCCUGAGUCCCUGCGGGUGCAGGAUGAUGCCAGUGAUGGAGAGAGCAUCUCAGACUGCCCGCCCUUGCAGGAGCUGCUGCUCACAGCCGCCGACGUCCUGGACCUGCAGCUGCCCGUGAAGCUGGUGGUGCUUGGCUCCUCCCAGGAGUCCAACAGCAAAGUCACAGCUGACGGGGUCAUUGCGCUGACAAGGGCCUUCCUGGCUGCCGGCACUCAGUGUGUCCUUGUGUCUCUGUGGCCUGCGCCAGUGGCUGCUUCCAAGAUGUUCAUCCAUGCCUUCUACUCAUCGCUGCUGAAUGGCCUGAAAGCCAGCGCUGCCCUGGGGGAGGCCAUGAAGGUGGUGCAGAGCAGCAAGGCCUUCUCGCACCCCUCCAACUGGGCAGGGUUCAUGCUCAUCGGGAGUGACGUUAAGCUGAACAGCCCCUCAUCGCUCAUUGGCCAGGCUCUCACAGAGAUCCUGCAGCACCCGGAGCGCGCGCGGGACGCCCUGCGAGUGCUGCUGCACCUGGUGGAGAAGUCCCUGCAGCGCAUCCAGAAUGGGCAGCGCAACGCCAUGUACACGUCCCAGCAGAGCGUGGAGAACAAAGUGGGCGGCAUCCCUGGCUGGCAGGCCCUCCUCACUGCUGUGGGCUUCCGGCUGGACCCCCCGGCCAGUGGCCUGCCAGCAGCUGUCUUCUUCCCAACCUCUGACCCGGGCGACCGGCUCCAGCAGUGCAGCAGCACCAUCCAGUCCCUGCUGGGUCUGCCCAAUCCUGCCCUCCAGGCCCUUUGCAAACUCAUCACUGCCUCGGAGACGGGCGAGCAGCUCAUCAGCCGGGCUGUUAAAAAUAUGGUUGGAAUGCUCCACCAGGUGCUGGUUCAGCUCCAGGCUGGCGAGAAGGAGCAGGACUUGGCAUCAGCUCCCAUUCAGGUCUCCAUCAGCGUCCAGCUGUGGCGGCUCCCGGGAUGCCACGAGUUCCUGGCAGCUCUAGGUUUUGAUCUCUGUGAAGUUGGUCAGGAGGAAGUAAUCCUGAAAACCGGAAAGCAAGCCAACCGACGGACCGUGCACUUUGCGCUCCAGUCCCUGCUGUCUCUGUUUGAUUCCACUGAGCUACCCAAGCGCCUUAGCCUCGACAGCUCCUCCUCCCUGGAGUCUCUGGCUUCUGCUCAGUCUGUUUCCAACGCCCUACCCUUGGGCUACCAGCACCCCCCCUUCUCUCCCACUGGUGCAGACAGCAUUGCCUCAGACGCCAUCUCUGUGUACAGUCUGAGCUCCAUUGCCUCCUCCAUGAGCUUUGUCUCCAAACCUGAGGGUGGAUCAGAGGGUGGAGGCCCGGGAAGGCAGGACCAUGACCGGUCCAAGAACGCUUACCUGCAGAGAUCCACCCUGCCUCGCAGCCAGCUGCCUCCCCAGACCCGCCCUGCAGGCAACAAAGAUGAGGAAGAAUAUGAAGGGUUUUCCAUCAUCAGUAACGAGCCCUUGGCAACCUACCAAGAAAACCAAGAGACACGCUUCUCACCAGACCACAAACACCCCCGAGCUGGGGCAGCCGGAGGUGUGAGAGUCUCCGUGAGCUCCAAAGGGAGCAUCAGCACUCCAAAUUCUCCAGUGAAAAUGACUCUGAUUCCCAGCCCCAACUCACCCUUCCAAAAGGUGGGAAAACUAGCAAGUUCAGAUACAGGAGAAUCAGACCAGUCCAGCACAGAAACGGACAGUACCGUGAAAUCCCAAGAAGAAAGCAACCCAAAACUUGAUCCACAAGAGUUAGCCCAGAAAAUUCUAGAGGAGACACAGAGUCAUCUCAUUGCGGUGGAGCGUCUUCAGAGGAGUGGCGGCCAGGUGAGCAAGAGUAAUAACCCUGAAGACGGCGUUCAGGCGCCCAGCAGCGCCGCUGUCUUCAGAGCGUCAGAAACCAGCGCGUUCAGUAGGCCCGUUCUCUCCCAUCAGAAGAGUCAGCCAUCACCUGUCACGGUUAAACCAAAGCCCCCAGCGCGGAGCUCCUCCCUGCCCAAGGUGAGUUCCGGAUAUAGCAGCCCCACCACCUCGGAGACGUCCAUCAAAGACAGCCCGAGCCAGCACAGUGGCCGGCCAUCGCCGGGCUCCGACUCGCAGACGUCCCAGCUGGACCAGCCUCUCUUUAAACUGAAGUACCCCAGCUCUCCUUACAGCGCUCAUAUUUCCAAAUCGCCAAGGAACAUGUCCCCAAGCUCUGGCCACCAGUCUCCUGCCGGCAGUGCACCCUCCCCAGCUCUCUCCUAUUCCUCAGCUGGAUCCGCUCGCUCCAGUCCGGCGGACGCUCCCGACAUUGACAAGCUGAAAAUGGCAGCCAUUGAUGAAAAGGUGCAGGCUGUCCAUAACCUGAAGAUGUUCUGGCAGAGCACACCCCAGCACUCCACGGGGCCACUGAAGACCCUCCGGGGGGCCCCUGGCACCAUGACUUCCAAAAGAGAUGUCCUCAGUCUGUUGAAUUUGUCACCACGGCACAACAAGGAGGAGGGGGUGGAUAAGCUUGAACUGAAGGAACUGUCCCUGCAGCAGCAUGACGGAGCUCCACCGAAAGCCCCUCCCAAUGGACACUGGCGCACUGAGACCACCGCGCUGGGCGAGCUGCCGUUGCCCGCUGGCCCUCCUGCCACGGCCCCCAUGCGCCCUUUGAGACUUCCUUCUGGAAAUGGCUACAAGUUCCUGUCCCCAGGAAGAUUUUUCCCUUCUUCCAAAUGCUAAAGCAUCUUUUAUACGCACUGACUCUGAGCAGCCCGCAGACGGGGCCUGGCAUUUGCUGCAGCCGUUCCCUGUCUGAGUGCAGCCCCCCCGCAGCCACCAGCACCUUCACGAAGCUGUGCUCUCCGGGCAAGAGGCACUACCACGUCCAAAGGCUGCCACACGCACUGGUGGCUUUUCUGGGCCUCUGGACCACAUUCACCAAAAGCCGGGACUUCUGUGGGGCUGGUCCAAGAGGCUGGUGGAAUUUCCUCCACGCUUCACCAAAUGUUUGUCUACCUUCGAACUCCCUGCUUCUCAUCUGUGAUAUGAUUCUUCACCAGUAUUUUGUACAAAAAUGGUCUUGGUUCUUGGGUGGGGAGAGGAAAGGGAGCACAUAUUUUGCUAGGAGGUAUAUACCUUUUAUACACAGAAAUACAAAUAGAGCUUUUUCUAAGGCUUUCAGGUGCUGGUUGGGGGUGGGAGGUAUGAAAUUUCUCUAAGUUGAAUUCUACAGGAAAGUGUUAUAUUAGCCAAAAACAGAAUAAUGGUUUUUAAAAUGCCAAUGAUUUGUAAUUAAGUUGUAGCAAUUUUGGUCUCAUGAUAGUGUAAUAUCUCAGCAACAAUGCAAUAAUUCACAUUGAAACAGCGCUUCCAUUCUGAACUCUGCUCUGUAAAUGUCCGUUGGGUCUCGCUGUCAACCAAACGUGAAUUUUCAUAAAAAAAAUUAUGUGACUCUUAUCCAGGCAUUUUAGAACUAUGCAAUUGUGAUUUAAAAUGCAACUUUGUGCUUUUAAAACAUUACUGACCUUUUUUGUACAUGGAUAAACAACUUGGUUUUAUUAUCAAUAGUACUUUGCAUUUAUAGCUAUUAUUUUUAAAAGCUCAAAAAGUUUUUUAAAAUGUCAAAUUUUGAAUAGUCAUCAGUAAGUAAUUGUCAAGUUUGGAAGGAAAGGUUGAAAUGAUUCAGUUUCCUUAUAAGCAAAAAGAGAAAAAAGAAAAAAAAAUCCAUGGUUAACUUAGAUUUAACCAGAAUCCUGCCUUCCAGCUCCUAUUCCCUUUUAUUAGCUGCUGAAUUUUACUCUCCCAACUCCAGGUCCCUGAGAUGUCUUCUGUCUAAAUCCAUUGCCAGGUCCCCGCAACCCCAGCACCUGCCUCUGUGAGCUGCCCCUAGCCCCUUGCCUUGGCCCUGGCCAGCCUCCUGCGCUCCUGCUGUCUGAGGAACCGGCCCCUCCCAGACAGCUGAAGCUGCGGGUCCACAUCCUAAGUAGCAGGACCUUUUGCUGGGAUGUAUGCCUGGAUUUACGGCCAACUGAGGAGAGAGAGAGAUGUACCUUAGAAAGUGAAGGUGGACUUUUCCUACAGCUCUGACAGUAACUUAGAUUGUUGCCAGCUUGAGGCAGGACAAGGGACUCACCUAGUUAGGGGUAACCAUUAAUUUAUUUUAAUAAAGGAGAUGCUCAAAGUCCUAUUAGUACUGAGUUUAGCUGGAGAACUGAGAUAAGGAUCUUUGAGGUAAUUCUAAAAUUCAAAUCCUACCUGCCUCACUGUGGGGUUCAUAGUGAAGGUGGUCAGCCACUGGGCCUGGCAGGGGUGCUGACCUCAGGAUCCCCAGGUGGGGGUUUUACCCUUGGGUGGGAUCUCAGCUUCUGAGCAUACACUGACAGUUUCACCUGUUCCGCAGUGUACUUCUCUGAAAAGAAGAAAGGAUAAUAUUUAUCCAAUCUGUGUUCUUCUCCUGUGCUCCAUCCGAGGGAUUUUUAAUUUAACCAACAGCCA